UGUACUUUCUUAUAUUUUAGAUUAACUUCUGUAAUUUUCUUUCCAGCCACCAAAGUUCUUGGCACAGUCAAGUGGUUCAAUGUCAGAAAUGGAUAUGGCUUUAUCAACAGAAAUGAUACCAAAGAAGAUGUGUUUGUUCAUCAGACGGCGAUAAAGAAAAACAAUCCACGGAAAUACCUGCGCAGUGUUGGCGAUGGAGAGAUUGUAGAAUUUGAUGUGGUCGAGGGAGAGAAGGGUGCAGAAGCAGCUAAUGUCACUGGUCCAGAUGGAGUCCCUGUGGAAGGCAGCCGCUAUGCUGCAGACCGGCGCCGCUAUCGGCGAGGCUACUUUGGCCGACGCCGGGGUCCACCUCGGAGUCAGGGUGGUGAGGGAGAAAUCAAGGAUGGGGUCACAGAAGGAGGACAACUUCAGCAAGUGCACAGGAAUCCUACCUAUCGUCCCCGCUAUCGCAGAGGGCCCCCUCGCCCACGCCCUGCUCCAGCGACAGGAGAGGUUGAAAACAAGGAGAACCAUCAUGAGGCCAGUGCCAUGAGCCAGCAGCCAUUGCGCCGUGGCUACCGGCGCCCCUACAACUACCGGCGCCGGCCGCGCCCAGCCAGCGCUCCAGCACAGGAGGGCAAAGAGACAAAGGCAAAUGAAACACCUGCUGAAAAUCCUGCUCCAGUGACAGAGCAGAGUGGUGCUGAGUAAUGUCCGGCUCCCCAGGCACCUUUACCAUCGUUCAGGUGUCCUGAAGUACAGCUCAAAAGUAACACCAAAGAAACACACAAGCAAUAAAUUGUCAACAGUGAUGACGAAAGCAAAGAUUUGAAAUACCAAAAUGUAAAAGAAAAUUUACCAGCAGCUGAGAUCCAGGGAACGCCUACAAGAUAGAUGCAUGAAGAGAAAGAGAGCGAGAUUCAGAAAGAACAGCCUCUCUAGUUUCAACAGCAACUGUGGGGCUUCUUGUUUUGUGGUGUUUUUUUCCCUAGAAUUUCACUGUUUUGCUAGUAUUGGGGUUUUUUUUCAGUUUUUCUUUUGGUAUUAAACUGAAAAGGGGAAAAAAAAAAAAACCAACCAAAGAACUAAAAUUGAAACAAAAUGCUUUUUUUAUUGGAUGCUGGUGCUAAACCUCCCAAGUGUGAGUUGUUUUUUUUUUUCUGUGCCAGUCCUGUUCACUGCAGGAUGUGGGGAGGACAAACUUCCGCUUUCCUUGUUAAGAUCUAUUUGAAGCUGUGCACAUGGGUGAUGUUCCUCUUAAAUAAAAGUGAUUUCAACUACCAAAAGAAA